UUUUUAUACACUGAUUGCUUUUACACCCAUAAAGGCUGUAAAAGCAAUAAUUUCACCUUCUCUCUGGCUGCAUUCUUGCAGCCAUUAAGAACUACUGUGUGAGCUGUGAUUGGUCACAGCUUGUCACAUGGUACAAGGCGGUUGUGAAUAGCCUUGUACCAUGUGACCUCUGUGAUCAUUCACACGUAGUAAGCAAUGAUGUCAGAAGUGACAUCUUGCUUACUACUCUGCAUGUGAUCACUGAUUGGCCAAUCAGUGAUCACAUGAUCGGGACCUCACACAGAGGUCCCGUACGACGAUCAGUGUUCCACCCGGAGGACCCCACCGGAUCCCAGGGAGCAAGCACAAUCCAUAAUGGCGGGCGCGUUUAUGAACGGCAACCCGCCCCUGGACUGCCACCGUUCAGCCGUUUAUAUACAGGGGCCGGGCGACAAGUGGUUAAGCAUCCUGCUAGAAAAAAAGGCAUUCAGGAG